CUGAGGCAACAUUGACGUCUGGCGAAAUGCUCACAAGAAAAAAGAAAGUCACAAAGAAGAGUGUCUGUCUGUCUUGGGAUCUAUUUUAUCUGGGCUGGAGUUUACCCUUGAUAGGAUGGAUCUUGUGGUCUCUACCACGUCAGUGUCUGUCAGCCACAGUACCGUCAUGCUGGACAAAUGUCACUGUCAAUGGCACAGAGUUUAAACUUUGUACAAACAGUGUCCCGAGGGAGGCAGCUCAGAACACAUGUGCUAAUAUCAACAUGACUCUUGCUGUUAUAUACUCUCAAUAUGUAUUUGAUUACUGGCACAAGUUACUGGCAAAUAACUUUUCGAAAAACGAGAUAUGGGUUGGAGCUACAUUCAAAGUAAAUGUAUCAGCCUUUGUGUGGGACACUGGAGGAACUGUGCCACAAUCUUUCAUUUCUAGUUUAACAAAUCUAUCGAAAUACAAUGGUAUGUGUCUGAGGUUCUACACCGACCAAUACCUCCUAGAGCGGAACUGUUCAGACAGCAGGGGAUUUCUUUGUCAAGAAGUUACAAAAACGUCAGUAUUGACGACAGCUGCCUUACAAGAGACGACAACAGGGGCAGAGUUGACAACGGAGAGCUUCCGAGACGCCACCACGCAGGGCAGCACCUUAUCAAGCUCUGUCCCAACCAGCACCGCGGUAAAGACGGAGCCCCAAACGACGAGUUUAUUGACAGACUCCAUCUCUCGAUCAAACACGUCGGCUACGGAUAUGACACCCCUGCUAAACGAGGCGACAACGGAAGCGACGACGACCUCGGAAAGUGCCGCUAUUUUAACGGAAACGAGCUCUGACGGCUGGCCAAGCGAGACCGCUGCAACGUCAUUAAGACAAGGGGAACAGAGCACAACGACAGUAUCGACUAUACCGGGGUCCAUUGCAACAACGAUACCAUCAACAACUUUACUGACCGUGACGUCUUCAGCGGGAAAUGUCUCAACGACGACAGCCGCUGUCUCCGACUGCAUAUGCGGGUGCCAGGUGAUAGAUAUUCCCAACAAUAAAACCUUGAGAGACGCCCUGGUGGCGGAAGAAACGGAGAAGAUAAAGGAGCACCUUCUGCUGCACAUUGAGACCCUGUCUUCCUACAUCAGGAAAAAGAUGUCGAUAAUGGAUAACCGCCCUUCUGCCAAGUUCGUGGGCGGAGUCGGUAUCAUAGUGAUGGUCACUUCCUUCAUGUUGAUUGUACUGAUGGACACCACUCACAUCUUCCAGUGCUCACACAGGCAGUGCCAGAAAUCGACCAGGUCAAGAAGCAAAGGAAACACACCCAACAUUACUCCUUCAAAUUAAGCAGCUCAAAUAGUGUGUGUGUGUGUCUGUGUGUGUGUGCGUGCGUGCGCGCUUUUGCUAUGCAGUACUGGAAUGAUCUAUAGGCAACAUAAGCUAUAGCUUAGUGGGUCCCCGGGGGCGCGGUGGUCGAAUGGUUAAGCGCUUGGCUUCCGAACCUGAGGUCCUGUGUUCGAAUCC